AUGGACACUAAUUGCCCACCACCACCUUCACUUCCUCAGCCUCAGCCUCAGCCUACCACGCCUUCGAUUCCUACUUAUACUUAUUAUUCUCCCCCUCCUCCAUUUACUAGAGGCGGUGGUAGUAGCGGGGACAGAGGAAGUGGUGGUGGUUAUGGCUAUCCUACAACAAUGACACCACCACCAAAUCCCAUUGUACCUUAUUUUCCAUAUUACUAUUACAACCCACCACCUUCUCGCCGUCAAAGAUCAUCCUCUUUGAAGUUGAAGAUCAACCCAUUUCAUAUCGUUGUGCCACUUGGGUUUCUCUUCUUAGUUUAA